AUGCACGCCCCUCCGCCUCCCCAAAAUCAGUUCAAUAGCCUGUAUGCUGCUGCGUCCGACGUACUUGGGAUGGGUCCGCCGCCGGGCCCGCCUCAGCCUUCCCCAUCACCAUAUCAUCCGCCUCCACCAGGCUCGCACGCCCCGUCUCCCGUCAGCUACCACCCACCCCCGCCUGGUCCCGGUCCUAUGCCUCCGCAACAGCCAUCACUGCAAAGAUCUGGCACGACCGCGUCCGUCAAUCUCCGCACGCAGAAGACAAAGGCGAUCGAUCUGAGCGCGCCGCCCUUCACGAAGGAGUACAUCGAUCAGUACCGGCAGCGCAUCAAAGACGAUCCUGACCCAGAGUCGCACUUCUUGUACGCAAAGUAUCUGAUCGAGGCGGCGAAACGCUUCGGUGCAGACGCGAAAGACCAGCGGGGCGUAAAGAAGUUCCGUGAUGCGCUCAUCCAGGAAUCGCUCAAAGUCAUGCGGCGGCUUGCUACCCAGGGCCAGGCGUACGAUGAGGCGCAGUUCUUCCUUGCGAACUGCCACGGCACAGGCAUGCUCGGCUUGCCCGUCGACCAUGAGCGCGCGUACCACCUCUACUUGCAGGCAGCAAAGCAGAACCACGCCGCAGCGUGUUAUCGCGUCGCGGUGUGCAACGAGAUUGGCGCGGGGACGCGCAGGGAACCUCAGCGGGCGUUGGCGUUCUAUCGCAAAUCUGCUUCGCUAGGCGACACGGCGGCGAUGUACAAGCUUGGCGUGAUCUUAAUACGCGGGCUCCUCGGUGAGCAGCCGAAUCUGCGCGAUGCAGUCGGGUGGCUGAAGCGCGCGGCGGAGCAAGCGGAUGAAGAAAACCCACACGCGCUGCACGAGCUCGCACUGCUGUAUGAAAACCCACAGAACGGUGUGGUGCCAUACGACCCUGCGUACGCGAAGGAGUUGUACACCCGUGCAGGGCACUUGGGCUAUACGCACUCGCAGUAUCGGCUGGGGCAGUGUCACGAGUACGGGAACCUGACGUGCCCCGUCGACCCCCGACGCUCUAUCGGGUGGUACACGAAGGCGGCGGAGAAGGGACACUCGGAGGCGGAACUCGCGCUGAGCGGGUGGUAUUUGACGGGUAGCGACGGUGUGCUCAAACAAAGCGACUCGGAGGCGUAUUUGUGGGCGCGAAGAGCUGCAAACAAAGGCUUGAGCAAGGCAGAGUAUGCUGUGGGAUACUAUGCCGAGGUCGGGAUUGGUAUCAAGCAGGACAUAGAGUUCGCCAAGCGGUGGUACAUGCGAGCAGCAGCGCAAGGCAACAAGCGGGCCAUGAACCGCCUGACGGAAAUGAAACGAAAUGGAAACAAGCGGGCGAACAUGGCGCGGCCGACGCGGCAGGACGCGAAAGAUGAGUGUGUGAUUGUGUGAGGGGCAUUGUUGGUUCUCUCUUGUGUGCUGUCUGGGUAGGAUGUAUCUCUGCGUGCAGCGCCAGACUCGGGUCGGUUUCGCUUUCAUCGUCGAUCAUUGUCACCUUUCUUUACUCGUUCAUCCUAUCUAAUUUCGCUACUUGUAUUGCGCCUAAUACCCGACCAAUGCAAUGGAUGAAAGUGACAUGAGCUGGGACUUCCUCCCGUUCUCGCAGGCC